AUGGAGAAUCUGCUGAGAUCAAAAGAAUACUGGAGCGUAAUCGAGCAUGGUUACACCAAGCCGGCUGCUGGAAUCGUGCUGAUCAAUGCACAGAGCAAAACCUUGGAGGAGCUCAAGCUGAAAGACUUGAAGGCCAAAAAUUGUUUUUUCCAGUCAAUAGACAAGUCAAUCUUGAAGACAAUCAGCCACAAUAGCACAUCCAAGCAGUUAUUGGACUCCAUGAAGACAAAGUAUCAAGGGAAUACCAGGGUUAAGAAGGCUCAGCUUCAGGCUCUUCGUAGAGAAGUCAUGGUGGUGGCAAAUGAUAUGCACAAUUAUGGAGAAGACAUGCAAGAUGUCAAAAUUGUGGAGAAGAUUCAGCGAACUCUCACCGAGAAGUUCAACUACAUUGUAUGCUCCAUCGAAGAAUCAAACGACAUCGAUUGUCUUUCUAAGGAUAAACUUCAAAGCUCCUUGAUUGUUCAUGAACAAAAGUUUAGAAGAACUAGCAGUGAAGAUCACGUAUUGAAAGUUGCAACUGAAGAAAGAAGAGACAGAGGUGAAAGAGGACGAGGUCGAGGUGCUUAUAGGGGCAGAGGAAGAGGAAGAGGUAGGCAGAUGUACAAUAAGGCUAUUGUAGAGUGUUAUAAGUGUCACAAACUUGGACACUUUCAAUUUGAGUGUCCAAGCUGGGAUAAAGAAGCCAAUUAUGCCGAGAUGGGAGAAGAAGAAGAAGAGAUUCUGCUCACGGCUUAUGAAGAAGAGAAUGGAGCUCGAAGAGAAGAUAUUUGGUUCUUAGACUCGGGAUGCAGCAAUCAUAUGAGCGGUGACAAGAGUAUGUUCUGUGAUCUCGAUGAAAGUUUCAAACACAGAGUGAAGCUGAGCAAUAACUCAAGAAUGGAAGUGACAGCUAGAGGUAAUGUGAGAUUGAAAAUAGGAAGCUUUACUCAUGUUAUCAGUGAAGUUUAUUAUGUGCCUGAAUUGAGAAAUAAUCUGCUAAGUAUCGGACAACUACAAGAAAGGGGACUGACUAUUCUCAUUCAAAAUGGAAGGCUCAAGAUAUAUCAUCCAGAGAGAGGACUGAUUGUAACAUCUGACAUAACAACAAACCGGAUGUUUGUGAUGAUUGCAAGCUCUUUGCCUCAAAAGACCAUUGAUUCAAAACCAUCCUGCCUCUACACCUCUUCACAUGAUGAAGCACACCUGUGA